UCGGAGAGGGUCGGGCGCGGCGCAGGGUUGGUGGCCGGCAGUGCUGCAAGCGGGGGGCCCCUUCCCCCUCCUCCAUCACUACCAGCCGGGCUCAGGCCUAGCUGGCCGGGCUGCUGAGAACUUCCUCCCGGCUCGGCCCCUGCCCUGCAGCUUGGCCGCUCAAUGCGUGCACCUCGGCCUUCGCCUCCCCUCAGGUAGCCAACUAGGGGCUGCGGGGGCAGCAAACUUUGCUUGCUGCUGAAUAUUGAUGAGUGCGAUCGGCGCGGCCGGGAGGUGCGCGGCUGCGGGAAGCAGUGCGGCCCGUGCAGGCGGCGGCGGCGGCGGCGGCGGCGGCGUCGGCAGCAGCCAUGUUUGUCAAGCUGUAGCAGCUGCUGCUACCCUGACUGGGCUUCUCCAGCCACCUGGGUUUCUAUGCCGGCCGCGUCCGGUUCUUUGGACCAUGCAGCUGCGGACCGAAUAGGCCUGCAGUCAAGAAGGUUGAUGCCGCCCCAGGAUGGAUCAGACCUGUGAACUGUCUAGAAGAAACUGUCUGCUGCCUUUUUCCAAUCCAGUGAAUUUAGAUGCCCCUGAAGACAAGGACAGCCCUUUCGGUAAUGGUCAAUCCAAUUUUUCUGAGCCACUUAAUGGGUGUACUAUGCAGUUAUCGACUGCUAGUGGAACAUCCCAAAAUGCUUAUGGACAAGAUUCUCCAUCUUGUUACAUUCCACUGCGGAGACUACAGGAUUUGGCCUCCAUGAUCAAUGUAGAAUAUUUAAAUGGGUCUGCUGAUGGAUCAGAAUCCUUUCAAGACCCUGAAAAAAGUGAUUCAAGAGCUCAGUCGCCAAUUGUUUGCACUUCCUUGAGUCCUGGUGGUCCAACAGCACUUGCUAUGAAACAGGAACCCUCUUGUAAUAACUCCCCUGAACGCCAGUUAAAAGUAACAAAGACUAUCAAGAAUGGCUUUCUGCACUUUGAGAAUUUUACUUGUGUGGACGAUGCAGAUGUAGAUUCUGAAAUGGACCCAGAACAGCCAGUCACAGACGAUGAGAGUAUAGAGGAGAUCUUUGAGGACACUCAGACCAAUGCCACCUGCAAAUAUGAGCCUAAAUCAGAGAAUGAUGUAGAAGUGGCCAUGGGAAGUGAACAAGACAGCACACCAGAGAGUAGACAUGGUGCAGUCAAACCGCCAUUCUUGCCAUUAGCUCCUCAGACUGAAACACAGAAAAAUAAGCAAAGAGAUGAAGUGGACGGCAGCAAUGAAAAAGCAGCCCUUCUCCCAGCCCCCUUUUCACUAGGAGAUACAAACAUUACCAUAGAAGAGCAAUUAAAUUCAAUAAAUUUAUCUUUUCAGGAUGAUCCAGACUCCAGUACCAGUACAUUAGGAAACAUGCUAGAAUUACCUGGAACUUCAUCAUCAUCUACUUCACAGGAAUUGCCAUUUUGUCAACCCAAGAAAAAGUCUACGCCCCUGAAGUAUGAAGUUGGAGAUCUCAUUUGGGCAAAAUUCAAGAGACGCCCAUGGUGGCCCUGCAGGAUAUGCUCUGAUCCAUUGAUUAACACGCAUUCAAAAAUGAAAGUUGCCAAUCGGAGGCCUUAUCGUGAGUAUUAUGUAGAAGCUUUUGGAGACCCUUCUGAAAGAGCCUGGGUGGCUGGAAAAGCAAUCGUCAUGUUUGAAGGCAGACAUCAAUUUGAAGAAUUACCUGUCCUUAGGAAAAGAGGAAAGCAGAAAGAAAAAGGAUAUAGACAUAAGGUGCCUCAGAAAAUUUUGAGUAAAUGGGAAGCCAGUGUUGGUCUUGCUGAACAAUAUGAUGUUCCCAGAGGGUCAAAGAACAGGAAAUGUGUCACCAGUUCAAUCAAGUUGGACAGUGAAGAGGAUAUGCCAUUUGAGGACUGUACAAAUGAUCCUGAAUCAGAACAUGAUCUAUUGCUUAAUGGCUGCUUGAAAUCUCUGGCUUUUGAUUCUGAACAUUCUGCAGAUGAGAAGGAAAAACCUCCUGCUAAGUCUCGAGCUAGAAAAAGCUCUGAUAAUCUAAAAAGGACUAGUGUGAAAAAGGGCCUUAUGCAGUUUGAAACACAUAAAGAGGAAUGGAGGGGAAAGACUCCUGAGAACCUUAGCCUAAAUUUUAUCUCUGGGGAUGUAUGUGAUAAUCAGGCCUCUAAUGAACUUUCCAGGAUAGCAAACAGCCUCAGUGGGUCCAACACUGCCCCAGGCAGUUUUCUCUUUUCCUCAUGUGGAAAAAACACUGCUAAAAAAGAAUUUGAGACUUCAAAUUGUGAUGCUUUAUUAGGAUUAUCUGAGGGUGCCUUGAUCUCUAAACGUUCUGGGGAGAAAAAGCGAGGUCUGGUAUGUAAUUCAAAAGUGCAGCUCUGCUAUGUUGGAGCUGGUGAUGAAGAAAAGCGAAGUGAUUCCAUUAGUAUCUGUACCACUUCUGAUGAUGGAAGCAGUGAUCUGGAUCCCAUAGAGCACAGCUCAGAGUCUGAUAACAGUGUCCUUGAAAUUACAGACACUUUUGAUAGGACAGAGAAUGUGUUAUCUGUGCAGAAAAAUGAAAAGAUGAAGUACUCUAGGUAUCCUGACACAAACACUAGAGUAAAAGCCAAGCUGAAGCCUUUCAUUGCUAACUCGCAUGCAGAACACUUGGAUAGAAAGACAGCAGAGCCUGGAGCUGAAACAUCUCAGGUUAAUCUCUCUGAUCUUAAGGUGUCUACUUUUGUUCAGAAAUCCCAUUCAGAUUUUAGAAAUGAUAGUUUGUCUCCAAAAUUCAACACACCAAGUAUUUCCAGUGAAAACUCAUUAGUGAAAAGUGGGGUUACACAUCAAUCUCUGUUACAUUCAAAAAACAAACAGCCCAAGUUCCGAAAUGUAAAGUGCAAACAUAAAGAAAAUCCAGUUAUGGUAGAAUCAUCAGUUCUAAAUGAGGACUGCAGCUUGAAAUGCUGCUCUUCUGAUCUUAAAGGUUCUCCUUUGGCCAGCAUUUCUAAAAGUGGAAAAGUGGAUGGGCUAAAGCUACUAAACAAUAUGCAUGAGAAAACCAGGGAUGCAAGUGACAUAGAAACAGCAGUGGUGAAACAUGUUCUGUCAGAAUUGAAAGAACUUUCUUACAGAUCUUUGAGUGAUGAUAGUGACUCUGGAACAUCAAAGCCAUCAAAACCAUUACUUUUUUCUUCCACUUCUAGUCAGAAUCAUAUACCUAUUGAACCAGACUACAAAUUCAGUACGCUGCUAAUGAUGCUAAAAGACAUGCAUGAUAGUAAGACUAAGGAGCAGAGAUUGAUGACAGGUCAAAAUCUUGUCUCUUAUCGAAGUCCUGCCCGUGGAGACUCUUCUACUAGUAGCCCUGUAGGGGCAUCUAAAGUUUUAGUUUCAGGAGGAUCUACACACAAUGCAGAAAAAAAUGGAAAUGGCACUCAGAACUCAGCUCAUCCUUGCCCUAAUGGGAGUGACUCUACGCUGUCUGGGGAGUUACCUGCCUCCCUACCUGAUGUAGUGUCCACCAGAAGAGACUUUCCUUAUGGCAAAAAUCGAUCAAACUGUGUUUCUAGGCGCAACUGUGGCAGAUCAAAAUUGUCAUCCAAAAUGAGAGAUGCAUUUUCAAUCCAAUUAGCAAAGAACACAGUGAACCGGAAAACCUUAAAGACGGAGAAAACCUUAAAGACAGAGCGCAAAAGAAAACUGAACCGACUUCCAGCUCUGACCCUUCCAGGUACAGCACAGGGAGACAAAGAGAGUGGAGGUUCAGUGACUAGCCCAUCAAGAAGCAGGGCAGCAGAUCCUCCUAAAGAAGAACCUGCCCAAUUAAUGGACCACUUAGCAAGUGAAGAUGCUCAUUUUUCAGAUGUACAUUUUGAUAACAAAGUUAAACAGUCUGACUCCGAUAAAAUUUCUGAUAGAGGACCCACUUUUGAGAACAAUAAAGGCUUGGUACUGAACUCUGAAAUGAACAGCAAGAAUGAUGAACCCAGUGCUGGUGUAGUAAGUCAAGUAGUGCCUAAAAAGCGGUGGCAGCGUGUAAACCAAAGGCGCACUAAACCUGGAAAGCGUACUAACAGGUUUAGGGAGAAAGAAAACUCUGAGGGCACCUUUGGGGUCUUUCCUCCUGGUGACCAUAUAGAGAAAGGGCGUAAUAAUUUCUCAGAGCAUAGAGGUCCUCCUCCUACUGAUAUACUAGAGGAUUCAGGAACAGCUCCUAAUCAUGUCAGCCACUUAGAUUCAGUUGGGCCACGGUUGAAAAUUUGUGAUAAAUCCAGUACCAGCAUGGAGGACAUGGAAAAAGAGCCAGGAAUUCCCAACUUGACACCACAGGCCAAGCUCCCUGAGCCAGCUGUGCGGUCAGAGAAGAAACGGCUUAGGAAACCAAGCAAGUGGCUUCUGGAAUAUACAGAAGAAUAUGAUCAGAUAUUUGCACCUAAGAAAAAGCAAAAGAAGGUACAGGAACAAACACACAAGGUAAGUUCCCGCUGUGAAGAGGAGCGCAUUCUGUCCCGCUGUCAAUCUAGUACUCAGAACAAACAGGUGGAUGAGAAUUCUUUGAUUUCAACCAAAGAAGAGCCUCCAGUUCUUGAAAGGGAGGCUCCAUUUUUGGAGGGCCCCUUGACUCAGUCAGAACUUGGAGUUGGUCAUGCUGAGUUACCACAGUUAACCUUGUCUGUGCCUAUGGCUCCAGAAGUUUCUCCGAGGCCUGCCCUUGAGUCUGAAGAUUUGAUUGUUAAAACACCAGGAAACUAUGAAAGUAAACGCCAAAGGAAACCAACAAAGAAACUUCUUGAAUCCAAUGAUUUAGACCCUGGAUUUAUGCCUAAGAAGGGGGACAUUGGCUUUUCUAAAAAGUGUUAUGAAGGUGGUCAUUUGGAGAAUGGCAUUACUGAAUCAUGUGCUGCUUCUCAUUUGAAGGAUAUUCGUGGAGGCACAACCAAGAUGUUUGACAAGCCAAGGAAACGAAAACGACAGAGACAUAUUACACCCAAAGUGCAGUGUAAAAGAGUGAAAAGUGAUGACUCAUCAAAAGCGACUCCAGGCUCAGAGGGUGAACUGAUGACUCACAGGACAGCUGCAAGCCCGAAGGAGAAUGUUGAAGAGGGUAUAGAACACGAUGCUGGGAUGUCUUCUUCUAAAAAACUGCAGGGUGAACGAGGGGGAGGAGCUGCACUCAAGGAGAAUGUUUGUCAGAACUGUGAGAAAGUGGGUGAGCUGCUUUUAUGUGAGGCUCAGUGCUGUGGGGCUUUCCACCUGGAGUGCCUUGGGUUAACUGAGAUGCCACGAGGAAAAUUUAUCUGCAAUGAGUGUCGCACAGGAAUCCAUACCUGUUUUGUAUGUAAGCAGAGUGGGGAAGAUGUUAAAAGGUGCCUUCUACCCUUGUGUGGAAAGUUUUAUCAUGAAGAAUGUGUCCAGAAGUACCCACCAACUGUCAUGCAGAACAAGGGCUUCCGGUGCUCUCUCCACAUCUGUAUAACCUGUCAUGCUGCUAAUCCAGCCAGUGUUUCGGCAUCUAAAGGUCGUCUGAUGCGCUGUGUCCGUUGUCCCGUGGCAUAUCAUGCAAAUGACUUUUGUCUGGCUGCAGGGUCAAAGAUCCUUGCAUCUAAUAGUAUCAUCUGUCCUAAUCACUUUACCCCUAGGCGGGGCUGCCGAAAUCAUGAACAUGUCAAUGUCAGCUGGUGUUUUGUAUGCUCAGAAGGAGGCAGCCUUCUGUGCUGUGAUUCUUGUCCUGCUGCUUUUCAUCGUGAAUGCCUGAACAUUGAUAUCCCUGAAGGAAACUGGUAUUGCAAUGACUGUAAGGCAGGCAAAAAGCCACACUACAGGGAAAUUGUAUGGGUAAAAGUUGGACGAUACAGGUGGUGGCCGGCUGAGAUCUGCCAUCCUCGAGCUAUUCCUUCCAACAUUGAUAAAAUGCGACAUGAUGUAGGCGAGUUUCCUGUCCUCUUCUUUGGAUCUAAUGAUUAUCUAUGGACUCAUCAGGCUCGAGUCUUUCCUUACAUGGAGGGGGAUGUGAGCAGUAAGGAUAAGAUGGGCAAAGGAGUGGAUGGAACAUAUAAAAAAGCUCUUCAGGAAGCUGCAGCAAGAUUUGAGGAGUUAAAGGCACAAAAAGAGCUAAGACAGCUGCAGGAAGAUAGAAAAAAUGACAAGAAGCCACCACCUUAUAAACAUAUAAAGGUGAACCGUCCUAUUGGCAGGGUACAGAUCUUCACUGCAGACUUAUCAGAAAUUCCCCGUUGCAACUGUAAAGCUACUGAUGAAAACCCUUGUGGGAUAGACUCUGAGUGCAUCAAUCGCAUGCUGCUAUAUGAGUGUCACCCGACAGUAUGUCCUGCUGGAGGCCGCUGUCAAAAUCAGUGUUUCAGCAAGCGCCAGUAUCCAGAGGUUGAAAUUUUCCGCACAUUGCAGAGGGGCUGGGGUCUAAGGACAAAAUCAGAUAUUAAAAAGGGUGAAUUUGUGAAUGAAUAUGUGGGUGAACUAAUAGAUGAAGAAGAAUGCAGAGCCCGAAUCCGUUAUGCCCAAGAACAUGAUAUCACUAAUUUCUAUAUGCUCACCUUAGAUAAAGACCGAAUCAUUGAUGCUGGUCCCAAAGGAAACUAUGCUCGGUUUAUGAAUCAUUGCUGCCAGCCCAACUGUGAAACACAGAAGUGGUCUGUGAAUGGAGAUACCCGUGUUGGACUUUUUGCUCUGAGUGACAUUAAAGCAGGCACUGAACUUACUUUCAAUUACAACCUAGAAUGUCUUGGGAAUGGAAAAACUGUUUGCAAAUGUGGAGCUCCAAACUGCAGUGGCUUCUUGGGUGUCAGACCAAAGAAUCAACCCAUUGCCACAGAAGAAAAGUCAAAAAAAUUUAAGAAGAAGCAACAGGGGAAGCGCAGAAGCCAGGGUGAAAUCACAAAAGAACGAGAAGAUGAGUGUUUCAGCUGUGGGGAUGCUGGCCAACUGGUCUCCUGCAAGAAACCGGGCUGCCCCAAAGUUUACCAUGCAGACUGUCUCAAUCUGACCAAGCGACCAGCAGGGAAGUGGGAGUGUCCUUGGCACCAGUGUGACAUCUGUGGGAAGGAAGCAGCUUCCUUCUGUGAGAUGUGUCCCAGCUCCUUCUGCAAGCAACAUCGGGAAGGGAUGCUCUUCAUUUCUAAACUUGAUGGGCGUCUCUCUUGUACUGAGCAUGAUCCCUGUGGGCCCAACCCUCUAGAACCUGGGGAGAUCCGUGAGUAUGUGCCUCCCUCAGUGCCGCUGUCUCCAAGCCCCAGUACUCACCUGGCAGAACAAUCGUCAGGAAUGGCUGUUAAGGGGCCCAAGAUGUCAGAUAAGUCACCUGCUGAUGCCAGCCAGUCAUUGCCGCUCUCUAAAAAAGCUCUGGCAGGGACUUGUCAAAGGCCACUGCUACCUGAAAGACCUCUGGAGAGAAGUGACUCCAGCUCCCAGCUUUUAGAUAGGGUCAGAGACCUGGCUGGAUCAGGGACCAAAUCGCAAACCUUGUUACCAAACCAGAGGCCACUGGAAAGGCCACCUGCAGUGGAAGGACCAAGACCACAGCUAUCUGACAAACUCUCUCCAGUGACCAGCCCAAGCUCCUCGCCCUCAGUGAGGUCCCACCCACUGGAAAGACCUCUGGGGAUGGCUGAUCCAAGGCUGGAUAAAUCUAUAGGUGCUGCCAGCCCAAGGCCCCAGUCACUGGAGAAAACCCCCGCCCCCACUGGCCUGAGACUUCCACCGCCAGACAGACUGCUAAUCAACAACAGUCCCAAACCCCAGACAUCUGAGAGGCCUACAGACAAAUCCCACACCUCUUUGGCUCAGAGACUUCCACCUCCUGAGAAAGUACUAUCAGCUGUAGUACAGACCCUGGUAGCUAAAGAAAAAGCACUGAGGCCUGUGGACCAGAAUACUCAGUCAAAAAACAGAGCUGCUUUAGUGAUGGAUCUCAUAGACUUAACUCCUCGCCAGAAAGAACAGGCCCCUUCUCAUGAUGUCACACCACAGGCUGAUGAGAAGAUACCAGUGUUGGAGUCAAGUUCAUGGCCUGUUGGCAAAGGUCUGGGGCAUAUGCCACGAGCUCUGGAGAAAGGCAGCAUGUCAGAUCCCCUUUUCCAGUCACCUGGGAAAACUGCACCUCAUUCAGAGCACACCUGGCAAGCUGUUAAAUCACUCACCCAGGCCAGACUUCUUUCUCAGCCUCCUGCCAAGGCUUUUUUGUAUGAGUCAGCUACUCAGGCUUCAGGAAGAGCUCCUGCAGGAGCUGAGCAGACUCCAGGGCCUCCCAGCCAACCACCAGGCAUGGUGAAGCAGGUGAAGCAGAUGGCCGGAGGCCAGCAUCUACCUGGACUUACUGCCAAAAGUGGCCCAUCUUUUAGGGCUCUUGGAAAGGCUCCAUCCUCCCUCCCCACUGAAGAUAAGAAGUUGGCAACUACAGAGCAGAGUCACUGGUCCCUUGGAAAAGCUUCUUCAGGGACAGGUCUCUGGCCCAUAGUGGCUGGACAGGCACUGGCACAGUCUUGCUGGUCUGCUGGAAGUACACAGACAUUGGCACAGACUUGUUGGUCUAUUGGAAGAGGGCAAGACCCCAAACCAGAGCAAAGUACACUUCCAACUCUUAACCAGGCUCCUUCCAGUCAUAAGUGUGCAGAGUCACAACAGAAAUAAUACCUGUAAAUGUCACACGUCCAGACAAGCUGUACCCAGGGUACCAUAGGGGAGGGGAAUCUAUGUUUCUUUCUUUGCCCUCUUUGAAAAACAGACCUAUCCCAACACUUCUACUGUUAUUCUUUCCUUGUAUUACAGUACUCAGAACUCUUGUGAUAAAUAGCCAGUGGGGGGUUUCUGGUUUUGUGACCCAUGUGUGGAAAUUCAACUGGCCCCAGCCAUGCAGACAGACAGACUUGCAUCUCUUUUCCCCAAUUUUUACACACAGUCAACUUACAAUAAAAAGUCCACUCUGGA